AUGGAAGCCAAAUUCUUCAAGUUUCUCAAGAUUGUUGGGGUUGGCUUCAAAGCUAGGGCGGAAUCUGAAGGCCGUCUCUUGUUCUUGAAGCUCGGGUAUAGCCAUGAGGUCCAAUUAGCUGUGCCUCCAGCUGUUCGGGUUUUUUGCUUCAAGAACAAUAUAGUUUGCUGCACAGGGAUCCACAAGGAGAGGGUCCACCAAUUUGCAGCUGCUGUUCGUAGUUGUAAGCCACCUGAAGUCUACAAAGGCAAAGGCAUUCUGUACAUUGAUGAAGUUAUAAAGCUAAAGCCAGGAAAGAGGUCAAAGUAA